CGUAACGUAACUUAUCACAUGAUAUGGGGUCUCUAGUCGGAUUGGUUUUCGGGAAACAACCGACUUCCUUGUUACUCAUGUGAUUUUCUGUUUUGGUCCAACAGUUAAGUUUACAGUUCAGACACUGCGGUGGUGGUGUGUGUUUGCAGUCAUGUCCAGCAGGUACCCGAUAGUGGUGCAGGGUGAGGCUUCUGAAACAGAUUCCGAUGAUGAAGUCUACAUCACUUCCCUGUCUGUUCCCCAAGCUGCAGCUGCCGGAGCCAAGGUUCCAGGGGAGGCAUCUGAAACAGAUAGUGAGGGUGAGCUGGAGCAGGCGGUCCGGGCAUCUAUUUUGAGACAGGAGAGCACGCAGAUACUCAAGAGAGACCUGCCUCCCCUAAUAGUGGUCAGAGAUCACCCUGAUAUACAGUCCAUAGUGGAAGACAGACCAAGCCCUUCACACAGGCCACAUGGUGAAACUCUUUUACAACAGAAGCUGCAGGAGUCUAAUGGUCGACUGUAUUCUGAUGUGGGACAAAUGAUACGGCAGGUCUAUGGCACCGCCAGCAGAGAGGUGCGCAGUGCCACAGCUCAGCUGAAUACGUCCCAGGGCUCCAUCAUCAAUGCCUCCCACAGCAUCCGCCUCAUACUAGAUGACCUGAAGGCCGUGUCCGAGAAGAUUGACAUCAUAACCAGCUGUCAAAUACUACCUGAUAUUAACAUUAACGAUCCCAGUCAUUUUACCACUCCUAUACCUUAAAUAAACAUAAAAUACUUAUUUAAAACAAAUGUAGAAUGGUAUUAUAUAAGUUCUGAGUAUUUACUUUAAAUAACAUGUUAAUGUUAUUUUUGGAAUGAUUAACUGACCCGUGUAUAUAAACAAAAUGUAAAUUUAACAGUCAUUACUUAUGUGUUUGUUUAUGCACGUUACCUGAAUAUAUGAAGGUAAAUCUGACAAGAAAUUACCGUAAGCCAUCUUUUGCCUGUUGAUUUUCUCAUCAUUGCUACCAAUAAGCUCCAUUUUUAAAAACAGAAAAAAGGAAUCUUUCUUUGUGUUUUCCAGCAGUCUGUGAUGGGUCAAGGAAGAAUGUGUGCUAUGAUUAUACAUUUUUUCAUGAAAAGGUAAAGAAAAUAUAACUACAUUUCUACAUAUGUCAAAGGUUUGAAUUAUGUUCUGUUAGUUUUGAGCUCUGAGUCUAAUUUUUUCUCUGCCCUCCUUGAUUGUCAUAAUUCUGUCUGAUAUGUGUAUUUGAAUACACUAUAUAUUUCUAAAGUAAUAUCCUGGAUUUCUUUUAUAAUGAUGCCGUGUUCUCUUCACUGACACCUCACGUCCGUACACUUCCACCACUACCAGCAGCUUGAGAAAGGUGUCUACAGCACCCACACUGCCAAGCUGGUGGUUUGUAUUUUGCCAUGUGGGAUUUAAACUUCGAGGACCAUUAGCCACCUGAAAGAGAGAGAACAAGCCCCUCUCAGUGUGUCAUAUUUAGCUUAUUGACAUUUUGGCCACCUGAUGGUGCUGUUGCCUCAUUCAUUGAGUCAGUAAGUCAAUCAUUAAAACUUCCAUGUUCUAUUUUUCCAUUUAAUUUGUUAAUUCUGUUGUUCAUCAUUAAAACUUGCACAAUUCUUUAAGAACUCUAUUUGC